AUGGUGCAACCGUAUAGUGUGGUUAUAUCAGCAGAAGAUGACUUCACAAGGUGCAUCCUUUGCGGAUGUCCGGCAGCUACACCAGUGCCUGUUUGGCUAGAUGUUGUGCGAGUUCUGUAUGCCCGGCGCGGAAGAGUCAAAUUGUCAGGCAUAUUCACAAAGCACCACAGAUCCACGUUGGAAGUGGAAUCAGACCGGUCCAUUGAUUGGAGGCAGACGCGAUCGCGGGGUGAUAACGAUGUUAGGUAUCCAGGUGGAUCGUACUUUAUUCUGCAUGAGCGGUGUUGGCAGUAUGCCUGGGAGUACUUUGGGCACAUCAGGCUGGAAACAUUCUACGAUGUGUUGAGAGACGUUCCGCCGCCUCCUGAGCCAUCCUACGCAAACUCAAAUGACUGCUAUCCCUGUCUUACUCGCUCUCUGUCAGAAAUUGUCAAAUACGCAAAACCCCUGCCUGUGCCCUCUGCAACCGUCAAGGCCAGGAUGGAAACGCGGUCGAGCCAUGAUCCCUUCCGACACCUCCCCAUCGAGCUACGCGAAUACAUCGGCAUCCAGCUAGACACGGGCGACUUUUUCAAUCUCCGGAACGCGUCACGCGCGAUGUCCGUUAUCUUCCACGAUAACUGUUUCUGGAGAUCGCGGUUCCAGCCGGAAAACGACCGGGGCUGGCUCCUGGAAUGGGAAUGGGAUGAUAACAAUAGUAAUGAGACACGACAGGUUGACUGGCGACAGCUAUAUCAUGCCACCUCGAAUAUAGGCGCCAAGUUCGACACGACGAUGAGAGUACGGGAAGUACUGCAUUGGAUCGAGGAUAAGAUCAACGCAGGCAAAGGGCUAAAUGCAUCGCCGCUGGAUUUCUACGGGAGGGCAUUGCAGAGUUACCACAACAACAGCUGGUAUAAGUUGUCGACUGCUGGAAAAGGAAAAAGAAAAAGCAUUGUUUCUGCCGAUUUCCUCGCUUCCGUGGACACUAUCGGUAUCUCCAUGAUUUCCGGGUCGAAGGUAUACGAACAGGAAUCAGAACCAUCCUGGUCGCAUACAGAGGCCGCCACGGAGAUCGUUGCAUUGGAGUUUAUCAAUAAAAGUGGCCGCAGUGUGGUCCUUGGCAAGAAGCCUCCCAAGACGGCGCAGAUAUCUUCCAAAGAGCUUGCCCUCGCGGUAUCAAAGUAUGAAGCGGAUAAGCGGUAUCGUCGCCGGCAACAGCCUACAUGCCCGUAUGAUAGCAGAGGUGCCCAUGUGCUGUGCGAUGCAAAGUUUUUUCGGGGAUUCCGCAUUAGAUAUACCUCAGAUGGGAUCCAUUCUAUAGGCGUAAUUCAGGAAAGGCCGGGGCAUGACCGAUAUGACUACUACGACAAGCACACGACGGUCCUCCAUGGGUAUACUGCUCGCCAUUCCCCCACGUAUGACAUGGUUUUGGACCGCGUGAGCACCGUCGUCGCUACGUUUGAUGGCGGCAAGCUGGUGGAAUUAGGGUUAAGGGGAUCUGGCUGGCGAAUACCCCUGGAUGGCCGUGCACCAAGUCUUGAGGGGUGGGAUGUGGAUGUUCUACGAUAUGGUACGAAACUUGCAAAGAGCAGGACUGGGUAG